AUGUUUCGCAACAUUCUACGUACAGCACGUUCGGUUCGUGCACUUUCACAGGCUAGACGUUUAAAUACUGAAUCUGUCCCCAUCACAAGGACUUCCGUUUUACCCAAUGGUCUUACAGUUGCAUCUGAGAGACUACCAAAUGUUUCGUCCGCCACCGUUGGUAUCUUCGUAGAUGCGGGAUCUAGAGCUGAAAACGCCAGGAAUAACGGUACUGCUCAUUUCCUAGAACAUUUAGCAUUUAAAGGAACUAAAAACAGAAGUCAAACUGGUAUUGAACUAGAAAUCGAAAACAUUGGAUCUCAUUUAAAUGCCUACACUUCGAGGGAAAACACAGUUUAUUUUGCAAAAUCCCUUGAAGAGGACGUUCCUCGAGCAGUUGAGAUUUUAAGUGAUAUUUUAACAAGAUCUGUAUUAGACCCCAAGGCUAUUGAAAGAGAAAGAGAUGUCAUCAUAAGAGAGAGCGAAGAAGUGGAUAAGAUGUACGAUGAAGUUGUGUUUGACCAUUUACACGAUGUUGCAUACAAGAAUCAAGCAUUGGGACGUACUAUUUUGGGUCCUAUUAAGAACAUUAAAACCAUUACAAGGGAAGAUUUGAAAAAUUACAUCGAUAAGAACUACAAAGGUGAUAGAAUGGUUUUAGCGGGUGCGGGUGCCAUAGACCAUGAAAAGUUGAUCGAAUACGCCCAGAAGUCCUUUGGUCACAUCCCCAAGGCAGAAUUUCCGGUUCCAUUAGGUUCACCUCGUGGUCCUCUACCAGUUUUCCACAGAGGUGAGAAAUUGAUUCAAGAGGACACUCUGCCUUCGACUCACAUUGCAAUUGCAGUGGAAGGUGUAUCUUGGUCCGGUUUAGAUUAUUUCAUUGCAUUGGCAGCUCAAGCCAUUGUAGGUAACUGGGACAGAGCCUUGGGUGCAGGAACUAAUUCACCUUCACCAUUGGCAGUUGAAGUAUCCAAUAACGGUACGCUGGCUAACUCAUACAUGUCAUUUUCCACAUCUUAUGCAGAUUCCGGUCUAUGGGGAAUGUACCUCGUGACAGAUUCUCAAGAGCAUAACGUGAAGAACGUUUUUGACGCCAUUAUUAAAGAAUGGCGUAGAAUUAUGUCAGGAAACAUUUCAGAAAGUGAAGUACAGAGAGCUAAGGCACAAUUGAAGGCUGCUUUAUUAUUAUCGCUAGAUGGAUCAACCGCUAUCGUUGAAGAUAUGGGGAGACAAAUAGUUACCACAGGCAAAAGGCUAUCGCCCGAGGAAGUUUUUGAAAAAGUGGAUAGGAUAACAAAGGAAGAUAUUAUAAUGUGGGCCAACUACAGAUUAAAGGACAAACCCGUAUCGUUAGUGGCGCUAGGUAACGUUAAGACCGUUCCAGGUGUAUCCUAUAUUGAAAAAGGGUUGAAUGCUUAA